AUGCCGAAAUCAAUUUCUUCUCAAAAAAAUUUAGGAAAACAUUUCCAUUUACAAGGAGAUGCUACUCAUUUACAACCAAUCGCAAUACAUAGUUCUUUUGUUCAGAAUGAACCACAAAAACAAAAACUUACUAGUCCUCCACCAACUUUAGUUUUACCUUUUCCACCACAAAUAAAUCCUGAAGAAUUAAUGAACAGCAAAACUCGUAAACUUCCUUCGAAACCUCCAAAUGCAUUCUUUAUUUAUCGUAAAGUAUAUACAAAAGAAUUGGUUGCUCAAAACCUUCGAUUUAAAAUGACUGAUGUUUCUCCUUGGGUUUCGAUCUCGUGGAAGCGUGAAUCACCUGAAGUAAAAGAUAAAUAUAAAGCAAUAGCGAAAGAAGUUCGUCAACUUUAUAAACAAUUAAAGUUGAAAUCUACUCAAGUUGAUAAUAAUACUAAUUCUGAUACCAGUUAUGAUUCAAACUCUUCAUCGGAUUCUCCUUCUCCACCUUCGGAUUCUCAACUUUUAUCCCCUUCAUUAUUUUGGAUAUUACCUACCGAUUCAGACUAUUCAGAUUAUUCAGAUUAUUCAGACUUGGUUCCAUUACCUGACUCUUUUGGUUUCUCUACACCGGAUACAUUUCCAUUAUGGCAUGAUGAUAAUAUUUUUCAAGAAUUAUCUUCUGACAUAUACGAAAAUGGAAAUACUGAAUUCUCAUACGAGUCUUACGAGCUUAUAGAUUUUGAUUAUUCACAAUAUCUUCACGAACAACUCGACGUUGGGCAAAAUUUGAUACAAGGCGAAGGUCUUGAUGACAUUAACUCUUUCUAA